AUAGUAGUGGGGUUCGUGAAAAAGACACAAUCGUGUGGCGAGGUGACAAGGACAAUACUUCCUGCAUCUCUGCAACAUUACAAGAUACUAGUUUGAUCUCACUCGGUGCCAGAAGUUUGCUACAGGAAGGUUUUAUAUGAAUGUCAGAGAACCCUUCCAGCUAGUAUGGCCAGUAAUAGAUGCUUCUACUAACUGUGUUCAGCGGCUAACUUGGUGAGGUCUUUCAAGUGGCUGGUUGUAUCACUGCAUGAUAUAUAUUGCAAUACAAAGACACAGUCGGCAUCUCGGAAAAUCAAUUGAGCACAUUGUGACGAACCUUGCAGGCGUGCACUCGGCCAUGCGACACGAUGUGAUCAUGGACUCUGCAGCCCCUGACUAUGCCCUGGUGGAGGGUGAAGCGGAGCGGGUUGCCCAACAAGCCAUCCGGCGACUACGAGAGUCCCGCAGGCGCUGCCUGUCGGCUAUGUCAGGAGUGCCCACCUGGACAGGUCUGCACGGCAUGUCAGGGGCUCCACCCAGGCCUCGUUUUGGCCAGAAGCAAGCCACAGGUCAGGCAGCACCAGCCACAUCAUCUCAAUCGAAGCCACCCAUGAAAAAACCAAACUCGCUUAUGCUCAAGGAACCAAACGUCUUCACUCAAGAAGAGGCAUCGUCAACUCCUGCAUCUUCGAGCGAAUUGCUUGCUUGCAUCCGAGCUAGAAAGCCUGCCGAGUCUUCUGAACCCUUUCUGGAGACAGGGGAUGGGGAAUUUGAUGAGCUCCUUUCGGAUCUGCAGACCUUUGUGGCCUUUGGUGCAAGCGUGGAUGGGCAGGCAAGCACCAGUGAAGUGCUGGCUGCCUUCAAGGACAAAGUGCAUGGCAGGGCACCUGUGUUUAAGGCCCUGCUCAGCAAGAUCUGCGAGUUCCACAGGCAGGGAGACGGCGAGGGAGUCUGGAAGCUCCGGCCUGAGUUCCGAUAGUUCAUUCCAACAUGUGCGGGACAGAGCAUGCGGGCUCAAGGCAGUCUGCUGCUGUUUCUUCAAGCCAGUGUAGUGCAGACUGGGAUUUGAGUAAGUUAAACUGCAUUAGUAAAUCAUACUGCUGCGUUGCUAGAGUGGCAACCUUUUAUUGCAUAUUUAAUAAAACAAUGUGAACCACGUAAA